AUGGCUCUGCGUCAAGUCUUUAUCGUUUCUGCCAAGAGAACUCCUUUCGGUGCCUUUGGUGGUAAAUUCAAGAACCUCACUGCUGCCGAGUUGGGUGGUCUGGCUUCCAAGGCUGCUAUUGCUGAUCUCCCUGCCAAUGUCCCCAUUGAUUCCGUGAUUUUUGGUAAUGUCCUUCAAACAGAUGUCGCUGGUGCCUAUGUGGCACGUCAUAUUGGUCACCGUGCUGGCCUUCCUGUCACUGUCCCUGCUUUAACCGUCAAUCGUCUUUGUGGUUCCGGUCUUCAAAGUGUGGUUAAUGCAGCUCAAGAAAUCGUUUUGGGUGAAAGCGAGAUUGUAUUGGCUGGUGGUGCUGAAAAUAUGUCAUUAGCUCCCUUCACCUUGUCAGGCUCUUCUCGUUGGGGUCUCAAGCUUGGCCAAGAUCCCAAGUUGCAAGAUACUCUCUGGACAGCUUUGACUGAUCAAUACCCUACUCCCACGCCCAUGGGUAUCACUGCUGAAAAUUUAGCCGAAAAGUACAACAUUACCAAGCAAGCAUGUGAUGAAUAUGCCUUGUCAAGUCAAAAUCGUUAUGAAAAAGCUGCCAAGGCUGGUAUUUACAAGGAUGAAAUUGCACCUGUUGAGAUCAAGGGUCGCAAGGGCCCAGAGCUCGUCAGCGAAGAUGAGCAUCCUCGUGCCGGCUUACAAAUCGAGAAUUUGACAAAGUUGAAGCCUGUCUUUAAGAAGGAUGGUGUUGUUUCUGCUGCUAAUGCUUCAGGUAUCAAUGAUGGUGCUGCCGCUUUGAUUGUUGCUAGUGAGGAUGCUGUCAAAAAGUAUGGUUUGACUCCCUUGGCUCGUGUUGUGAGCUGGCAAGCAUCUGCUGUCGAACCUACUUUGAUGGGUUUGGGCCCUGUACCCUCUAUUCAAGGCGCUUUGAAGAGAGCCAAUUUGGAAUUGAAGCAAAUGGGUUUGAUUGAAGUGAAUGAAGCGUUUGCUGCUCAAUAUUUGGCUUGUGAAAAGGAACUUGGAUUAGAAAGAGAGAUUACCAACGUCAAUGGUGGUGCUAUUGCUAUUGGUCAUCCAUUGGGUGCUUCUGGUGCUCGUAUCUUGACUCAUCUGUCUCAUGCUCUUCAACGUACCAAGGAAAAGUAUGCUGUUGGUUCGGCCUGUAUUGGUGGCGGACAAGGUGUUGCUGUUAUUUUGGAGAGAGUUUAA